AAACAAAAAUGUGAAACAAUAUCUGCCGUCAGGAUCAAUUCCGUCCGACGAGACAUGGAAGGCAAUAUGUUGCAAUCUAAAUUUUUUUGAAAAAUUAGAAAGUAAAGUUUCAAUUCUCCUUGGGUUAAAAAAUCCUACUGAAUUUGGUACGAAAGAACUUGACAUUGAUAACGCCAUUAACAGUUUUAGACCUGUAUUACGGAGGUACAUUUCAUCAAAUGAGAAAAGCUUUGUCUCACUUAAAGGACUAGAACUACAUCCAGAUUUGUUACAAUUUUUACCAAUUUCUACUGGAAAACGUUUGCAAAAAAUCAAAUCGGAGAUUUUAUGCCAACCCAUAGAGAUUGUUAACAAUGAACCCGUAUAUGUUACAAUAAAUGAAGAAACCGAUUAUCAACACAAGCUUUCAAAGGAAAGAUUAAGCAUAAAAAUACAGAAACUUAUCGACCAAUUAUCAUCAGAUGAACUUUUGCAGAGGCAUUAUCAAACUAUUUUGGAUUCCUUAAAAAGUCCCCUAAUCAAACGUGAUGUCUAUGUAACACUUUAUUUUGAAUUGAAAGACGUGGUAAGCAGCAUAACAUCAGUGUUCGUGGAGUAGAUGGGAACGAGAACUAUGAUUUCAUAUAUUAUACAUCAUACAUGGCUAGGUAUGAUUCAGAGAAUGAUCCUUCUGAGGAUGAAUUUAACAUUGAUGAUGUUGAAUCGUCUACUCCAAGAAAACCUAGAAAACCCGGCGAAAGAAAAACUUAUGAUACGCUGCAGAAAAAGAAAACAUCAGAAAUAUCCAAUGAAAGAAGAAAAAAAUCGACUGCUUUGCGUGGUAUAAAACAACAAUUUAAAAGACUUAAAGAAUUGAAACACCUAAAUGUGACUUUUGCGUUCGUGUGCUUCGAUUUGACACAACAACGUCAAACUAUUAAGAGAGAUGGGAAAGGAGCCUAUUAUGAUAAUUUGCUCAAUGGUAGACCUAUUGUGGAUAAAAGGGACAUACAAAGAAAAAAACAGAGGGAUGGGUUGACGGAAACGUAUUUCCCUCAUGAAGAAAAUUUAAGAGAAACCCAGUUCAUAACACCUACAAAAUUGUCGUGUGGUCCAGGAGUGUCCCGAAAUAUUGCCAGAGAGCAGAUGGAGACACUGCAAGAUGUAAACAUUCAGCCAGGUCAUGAGAAUGACUCUUACUCACAUGAUGUAGCAACUCCACAAAGGAAGGUCACAAGAAAGAGAAUUAGGACCGUAAAAAGUAAACGUACGAACAUUAUUGCUGCAGUAGCUGAUGAUGAUAGUGACAAUAAUGAUGUUGAUGUGAAUAACGAUUCAGCUGUUGAUGCUGUUGCUUUUGAUGCUUCGAAAAAUAAUAAUGAAGAUGAAGAUGGAGAUAUCGACGACGUUGACGACGGCGCCGAUGAUGACGACGACGAUGAGGAUGAUGAUGAUGAUAAUAAUAGCGAUGAGGAUGAUGAUGAUGAUAAUCAUAGCGAUGAGGAUGAUGAUAAUGAUAGCGAUGAUGAUGACAAUAAGGAUGACGACGACGACGACGACGACGACACCAAUGAUGAUGAUGAUGCUUUAGCUGCUACUACUGAUGAUUUUAAAUUUGACGACGACGAUGACGACAGCACUGAUAACGUGAAUUUACCACGACUUUACAGAAAUAACUUAUCUAAUGUGAAAAAUACAGAUCUAUCGAAAAGAGAAAAACUGAAAAAAUUAUUCAACGAAAGAGCCAAAAAAACAGAGCUGAAUGAUGCCGAAUCUGAUCAUAGUCACGAUAAAGACGGUAGCACCUCUACAGAAGAAAAUACCUGUCGGUUUUGGACAUAUGUGGACGACGAAGAUCUUGAGGCACGAAAUGCUUUCCAGCCUAAAACUGGGAAAAGAUGUAGAAAGAAGACAACGGUAUUAGACAUUUAAAUUCAUGAAUUCAAUUUAGG